AGGUCACGUGGUAUUCCUUCUCGGAGCAGUCGCCAUCAUGCAGGCUGUGAAACAAGCGUGUGUCGGCUUUGCCAAAGCUACAAAAUGUGCAUUUUCUACACCAACAGCCACCCAAACGGCUGCAAGAACCAUCCCUGCAUACUUCAGCUCACGAAACUAUGCAGCACAAACUAAAGCUGAAGCUGGCAACCCUAAAGGCAGAAUUGUUGCUGUUAUUGGUGCUGUUGUUGAUGUCCAAUUCGAUGAUGCACUACCUCCAAUCUUAAAUGCCUUAGAAGUGAAAGAUAGAAGCCCAAGACUUGUUCUGGAGGUUGCCCAACAUUUAGGAGAGAAUACUGUACGUACUAUUGCUAUGGAUGGUACCGAAGGUUUGAUUAGAGGACAACAAUGUAUUGACAGUGGUACACCAAUUAGAAUUCCUGUAGGACCUAAAACAUUAGGCAGAAUUAUUAAUGUUAUUGGUGAACCAAUUGAUGAGAGAGGUCCAGUACCAACCGACAAAUUUUCUGCCAUUCAUCAAGAGGCUCCAGAGUUCAUAGAAAUGAAUGUACAACAAGAAAUUUUAGAAACUGGUAUUAAAGUUGUAGAUCUUUUGGCUCCCUAUGCCAAGGGUGGUAAAAUUGGUCUUUUUGGAGGAGCUGGUGUAGGUAAAACUGUAUUGAUUAUGGAACUGAUUAACAAUGUAGCUAAAGCUCAUGGUGGUUAUUCUGUAUUUGCUGGUGUUGGAGAAAGAACUCGUGAAGGCAAUGAUUUAUAUCAUGAGAUGAUAACCUCUAAAGUCAUUAGUUUAACAGACGACACAUCAAAGGUCGCGCUGGUAUACGGCCAGAUGAAUGAACCUCCAGGAGCCAGAGCUCGAGUUGCUUUGACCGGUUUGACUGUUGCUGAAUAUUUCCGAGACAUGGAAGGACAGGAUGUACUAUUAUUUAUUGACAACAUUUUCAGAUUCACACAGGCUGGUUCCGAGGUAUCUGCCUUAUUGGGUCGUAUUCCAUCAGCUGUAGGUUACCAACCAACUUUAGCUACUGACAUGGGUACUAUGCAGGAGAGAAUUACAACAACAAAGAAGGGAUCUAUUACAUCAGUACAGGCUAUCUAUGUACCUGCUGAUGAUUUGACUGAUCCUGCUCCAGCUACCACUUUCGCUCAUUUAGAUGCUACGACUGUCUUGUCUCGAGGUAUUGCUGAAUUGGGUAUUUACCCAGCUGUAGAUCCUCUUGAUUCAACCUCUCGUAUCUUAGAUCCCAAUGUUGUUGGAGCUGAACAUUAUGCUAUUGCCCGUAGUGUACAGAAAAUUUUACAAGAUUAUAAAUCACUACAAGAUAUUAUUGCUAUCUUGGGUAUGGAUGAAUUGUCAGAAGAAGAUAAAUUAACUGUAUCUCGAGCCAGAAAGAUUCAACGUUUCCUCUCACAACCUUUCCAAGUAGCUGAAGUUUUCACUGGCUCCCCUGGAAAAUACGUACCUUUAGUUGAAUGUAUCAAAGGUUUCCAGAGAAUUUUAAAGGGAGAAUUAGAUCAUUUACCAGAAAUCGCUUUCUAUAUGGUCGGACCAAUCGAAGAGGUUAUUUCUAAGGCUGAGAAAUUGGCAGAAGAUCAAUAAAAACUAGAGUGCUAGAUAAACCAGUGUGAUAGUGGCCAUAUAAAUUAUUAACAUCAUCAUUGUGGACAUAACUUGAAGAAAUAUUUUAUUGUAGAUAAAACAGACAAAAAGUGGAAACGUUUCAAAAAUACAGGAAGUUGUUUGUUAAAUUACGCUUGACUGUAUUUAUUGAAAACAAAGAAUAAAUUGUUAAAAAUCCCUGUC